AUGCCAGCUUCUACUGCUGCAGUGCUCGCUGCACUGGCAGUAUUGGUGCCGUCCACCCUGGCCCAAGCCAGUACGAGUUAUGUCGACUAUUCAACAGAGCCCCAGCCAAAUCUCGAUGCCCAAACCCUAGCGACGAUCGACCUUGGAUUUCCCGACUGCACCCAAGGGCCGCUGAGCAAGAGCCUGGUGUGCGACUCAUCCGCAAGCCCUCAUGACCGAGCGGCCGCCUUGGUUUCCAUGUUUACAUUCGAGGAGCUGGUGAACAGCACCGGGAACACCAUCCCCGCCAUUCCACGUCUUGGGCUUCCGCCCUACCAAGUAUGGAGUGAGGCCCUGCACGGAUUGGAUCGCGCAAACUUCUCCGACUCGGGCGACUAUAGCUGGGCGACAUCAUUCCCGUCCCCAAUUCUCUCCAUGGCCGCCCUGAAUCGCACGUUGAUCAACCAAAUCGGUGGUAUCAUCUCGACGCAAGGGAGAGCGUUCAACAACGUUGGGCGAUACGGUCUCGACGUCUAUGCGCCAAAUAUCAAUGCCUUCCGCCACCCUGUCUGGGGUCGCGGUCAGGAGACCCCUGGGGAGGAUGCCUACUGCCUGUGCGCCACGUAUGCGUAUGAUUAUAUCACCGGCAUCCAAGGUGGUGUGGACCCCGAGCAUCUGAAAUUGGUGGCGACCGCCAAGCACUAUGCCGGCUACGAUAUCGAGAACUGGGACGGUCAUUCCCGGCUGGGUAAUGACUUGAACAUCACUCAGCAAGACCUGGCCGAGUAUUUUACUCCGCAAUUCCUGACGGCAGUGCGCGAUGCCAGAGUGCAUAGUAUCAUGUCCUCGUACAACUCCGUCAACGGUGUACCCAGCUCUGCCAGUUCCUUUUUCCUCCAAACCCUGCUCCGGGAUUCUUGGAGCUUUGUUGACGAUGGAUAUGUCUCCUCUGACUGUGAUGCCGUUUACAACGUCUUCAACCCCCAUGGGUACGCUGCGAACAUAUCGAGUGCGGCUGCCGACACCAUGCGAGCCGGGACUGACAUUGACUGUGGAACAUCCUAUCAAAAUCAUUUGAACGAGUCCUUCUUCCACGGCGAAAUCUCACGCAGUGAGAUUGAGCGCGGAGUCAUCCGGCUUUACUCCAAUCUGGCAAGUCUGGGAUACUUCGAUGGGAAGGACAGCCCGUAUCGCAACCUUGCGUGGUCGGAUGUCCUUGCGACUGACGCGUGGAAUAUCUCCUAUGAGGCCGCGGUCGAGGGAAUUGUUCUACUCAAGAAUGACGGCUCCCUACCACUGUCUAAAAACAUUAGAAGCGUGGCCUUGAUUGGGCCCUGGGCCAAUGCCACCGAACAGAUGCAGGGCAACUAUUACGGAGCCGCUCCAUAUCUGACCAGUCCAUUGGAUGCGAUUAAAGCGUCCAGUCUUGAUGUUACCUAUGCCGUCGGUACAGGCAUCUCCUCGCAGACGACUGAUGGUUUUGCCGCUGCGCUUUCUGCAGCGAAGAACUCCGAUGCGAUCAUUUUUGCUGGUGGUAUUGACAACACGAUUGAGGCGGAGGGAAUGGACCGACAGAACAUCACUUGGCCGGGCAAUCAGCUUCAGCUCAUUACAGAGCUGAGUGGCCUGGGCAAGCCGUUGAUUGUGCUUCAGAUGGGUGGUGGGCAGGUUGAUUCAUCAUCGCUGAAAACCAACAAGAACGUCAACGCUCUCAUUUGGGGAGGCUACCCGGGCCAAUCGGGUGGUCAAGCCCUUUUCGAUAUUAUCACUGGCAAGCGCGCCCCUGCUGGCCGCCUCACAACCACCCAGUACCCGGCUAAGUAUGCACUGCAGUUCCCGGCCACAGAUAUGGGGAUGCGUCCUAGCGGUAGCAACCCGGGUCAGACAUACAUGUGGUAUAGCGGAACACCAGUCUAUGAGUUUGGUCACGGACUGUUCUAUACGACAUUUAAAACAUCACUUGGUGGUUCGAGGGGUACUGGCAAUGAAACUUCCUUUGACAUUGUCGACCUUCUGUCUCGGUCACACGAUGGCUACAAAAUAGUUGAGCAGCUCCCAUUCCUCAACUUCACCGUGAGUGUCACCAACACCGGACGCGUGCUCUCCGACUACUCCGCGAUGCUGUUUGCCAACACAACUGCGGGGCCUCAGCCAUAUCCCAACAAGUGGCUAGUGGGCUUCGAUCGCCUCGGUGCCCUCAAGCCACACACCUCCCAGAUUAUGACUAUUCCAAUCACUCUUGACAAUGUUGCUCGCACGGACGCAGAGGGUAACCGGAUUAUCUAUCCGGGCAUGUAUGAGUUGGCAUUGAACAACGAACGGUCGGCUGUCUUGUCAUUUACACUGACAGGCAAUGCGACUACCCUUUCAAAGUGGCCAUUAGAUGAACAGCAAAUUCCCCCCGCUUGA